CCACCACGCAGUCUAGUUUUUUUUUUUUAAAAUCCUACCACGCAGUCUAGGUUUUUUUUUUUCAACUUUACAUUGUGUGAACGUUUUUUUUUUUAAAGUCUGUUUUAACCCAGUUUCUCAUCGAAGUUACCAUUUUAUUGUAGCAUCUCGCCAGACAUUUGAUGCUGUGUUUACUUUCUUGUCUGUGUUUAAACCCAGCCGACUAUAAACUUGUUAAUUUCGAUUUCUCGAGCAGUUGUAUCAAUCUAGUGGCGAGCCUGGAUUUAUUCGUCUUUAAGAGCCAGUUAUUUACGUGAUGUGAAUGUAGUUGCCCAACCAUCUACGUCUGCAAGGGCACCAGGGAACAUUAGUUGGACGAUAGAGGCAUGCUGUCUCCAGGUAGACCAAUGGUGGAAGUAGCUCAAGAAGAACAUUUACUUUAAAAGCUGUUCCCAAAGUGACGCCAUGAAUCUCUCCAGCCUCAAGUAUCUGACAUGUAUUUGUGUGUUGGUGACGUGUGCCUACUCUCAAAACAGAAAGGACAAAAAGACCAAUAACAAAAAAAAGAACAAUCUAGAUUGGAAGCAAAGUUCAAUGGCAGUGGGCAACAAGAAACUGGUGGAAGCAUACGUCGGGGACACCAAAACACUGGACUGCUCAGCUUCCGGUAACCCUCAGCCUAGUGUUAAGUGGUUCAGAAAUGGGACGGAACUCAAUAGGAAUGCAAAUGUGCAGAUAGAAAAGUUUAUAUUGACACUUAAAGAUGUCACCUUAGAAAUGGCAGGAAACUACUCCUGCAAUGUCACACAGAAAAAACAAGUGUUAUCCUGGACGGUGGAGGUCACGGUCAAAGCCAAAGCCUGGCCGCUGAUCGUAGAAGGACCUCAUAACAUCACCCAGUUUGCUGGUUCUAACGUGUCCUUCCAAUGUAAGGUCCUGAAUGACCCGAAGCCAAGCAUCAAAUGGCAGAAAGUGAAAAGGGACGACGAGGAUAAAAAGGAUGUAGAGGAUAUUCUCGUCAAUUCUCCCAAUCUCGAAGUCCUCACGUUCACCAACAUCCAGAGAGCGGACGAAGGGAGGUACAGGUGUGUGAUUGGCAAUGUCUGGGGCAUGAAGACUGUCGAUGCUUAUCUCAAAGUUUUAGAACCUGUCGUCAUCCCCACCAUGCCACCUAGAUCCAACAGUGACAAGUCUAUUUCCAUGAAUGAAGACUUCUUCAGCAACAGGAAUGACCAUUCGUAUUCCGAAGCAGACGACGAGUUUGAUUCCGACCAGUUUUUUGAAACAACGAAAGGCCCCAAGAAAAAUCGCAACAAAGACAAAAAGGGACAUAACAAAGACAAAAAGGGACAUAAGAAAGAUAAGAAGACAGAUAAAAAGGAGAAAGACAAGAUGCGAAUUUUCGAAGAGGAGGAGGAAAGAUAUCUGGCUACGACUUUCGCCACGACCAGCAACACAAUUACAAUCUGGUCAUUCAACGACGAUCUCAACGCGGGAGACGAGUUGAUGACAUCCCCCACGUCUGACGAGGACAGCUCUAAAAUGGCCUCCACUAUACCUCCCAAGGCCGGCCAUGCCAGUGUACACAAAGGUACCAUCAGCUCAUGGACUAUUUAUACGAUUGUUGGGGCUGUCGGAGGAGUGAUCUUGUUGAUUGGUUUGAUCGCAAUCACUUUGACCGUGUGUUGUCAAAGAGAGGAAGGGGGGAUCUAUAAGUCAACUCCGGUUUGACAUGCUACAAGUAGGUAUGCCAGAUUUUGCCCAGAUUAAGUGUCAAAAAAAUCGACUCAAAUUAUUUUGUCAUCCUAAAAAUUUUGUUUUUGUUGUCUGCUAUACACAAAUUAAAUUUACGACACAUUGUCCAGAAUAACCUCUGCAUUUGAAUGACUAUAAACGAUUUCAAACAGGCAUAGGCUUUCCGUUUAAUCAAAUAACUAUUGCCAGAUUUACUAAUGGAAAGAAAGAAUGGCAUUUCUGGAGUAGUAUGCCAAGUAGGCUGUCACAAAUGAUUUUUUUUUUUUAAAUAGCUUCCCAAACUAUUAUAUUAUGUGGACCACUCAUUUUAAUCUAGUGUAUUUUGCAGAAACAAAGUCCUAAUAUUUGUUAUUAAAUUCAUUGCAUAAUGCCCAGAUUUUUUUUUAUUGAAAGAGGGGAGGAGAGUUAAAAAAAUUUUUUUUUUGGUGUAAAUUUGAGAGAAGUCUGUCUAUGAAUGAAUUGUUUGUAAAAACGUUAACUACGAACGCGCUAUAAUUUAAUGAAUGAAUGCUACAGAUGACUGAGUGUAAUCUAGUUUGAUUAUUAGAGUAUACAACAAUCACAAAACCCUUGUUCAUAAUGAUGUAUUUACAAUAGAUGUGUGUUACAGUGACUUACUGAAUGAGAGAGGUGCUUCCAAUGUAUUCAUGAACAUUUUUUGUACUUGUUAUAUAUUGAACUAUAUUUAUGUGCAAGAUGAAACCAUUGAAUGUUCAUUUUAGUCAUGUUUUUUUUUAACUCUAUACCUACCUCUUAAUUUCAUGAUAAGGGGAUGGCAAACAAUAGAACAUUAAAAUCAUUCAUUGUAAUAUCAGACCUGGACAAGAUGUUAUAAAGGAAAUUCGUUUUUAGCACAAUAUCAAAAUCAUGUAGGCCUACAAUGUAUAUAGGGCAGUGUUUUCCCAACUUUUUGUUUACAAAACGAACACUUGACAUAUUCUAAGUAUUUAAAGGAACUCAUUUCUUGCUGCACAACGUAAUGUACAUUAUUUGUUUAAUAUGUCUCGCUCUAUCUCUCCGGCAUUAGGUCUAGGCAAACUAGGCAGCCGCCUAGGGCCUUCUAUUGGUGGGGGCUUGGCACAGGUCUCAAACAUAGAAAUCUAUGGCUCUAUGAUAGUCUAUGUCUACUAGCCUAGCUCUCUCUACUAUGAUCGAACGUUUAUUCGCGAGUAUUUGGGUCUAUUUGUUAGACUACAUUUGUUAGAAGAUCAUUGAUUCAUCCUAUUGUUGAAAAGUGGAAACAUUAUCUCUAGUCUGCUGAUCAUGGAUCGUCCAUGAAGCACAUUCAUUGCCUAUUUUUCGGCCUUAAUUUUUUUUGUUUUUCUAUUUCAUUUGGGGCCACCCUAUUCGCUUCGCCUAGGGCCUCCAAAAUUACUAAGGCCGGCCCUGUUUAACAUGUCUCUUAAUGUCUACUUGACAUUGUUCAACAUGUCUUUCUCUCUCUCUCCUAAUCUUCCUACAUUUUUACUUUUUUUCUUAAGGUUAUCGACACCACAGUUUCUUCAUAUUGCUUUAUGUUCUUUGUCUUUCCUUUUGCUGAAUUUUAUCGCCUAAAGAACUUAAGCGGGAUCUCCGAAUUCAAACUGUAAACAAAGAGCAGAAUACUCUGAUUCACUUUUAGUGGUAAAAUCACCAAUAUAAUAUUACGAAAUUCAAAAUGAGGCAAAGUUUUAAAAAACGUUUAUUUUGACCCAAGAACAAACGACUAUAUAUGCGAAUAUUAUCAAUACUUUAUAUGAUCAAACAAAGUGCUGUAGAGCACUCUAUAUGUAAAGAGAAUUCUGUAUCUAUUAAACUGGUAACGUUAUAUUUUAUUUUGUCAGAUAGUUUAGUAAUUGGAAUGUAUCAUUUAAUUACAUUUUGUUAAACAUGCUAGGAUAACAAAAGUUUCAAUUGGCAAUAAAAUGUCUGCUCUAGGCACGCGUUCAUUUCAUGCUAUAAUAAAAAACGAAAAAAAUAAAAUAAACAUAUUUGAUGACACAUUAGUCACAAUUACACAGUACACAUGUUAUCUUAAAACACGUUUCUUGACAUAAUUACACACAGAAUGUUUGUUUUUCUUGAUAUAAUAUCAAAGCAAAGGGAAAUAAUUCAAACAAAAAAGCAAUCAAACUAUAUAUUUAAAAAAAAAAAGAAGAAAUAAGUUUACUAAUACACUUUUAUUAGACUUUGUAUAAGUAUAAUGUAUAAUCACAUUUUAAAUAUUGUUAAUGUUUUAAUCAUUUUCAAAUGUUAAGAAUGAUAAUAUGCGCAUGGAGUUCCUGACACCCUAGAAGUGCUACCUAGCCAAUGGACUGUUGAAUUUCAAAUGAAAUUAUUUUUGUAUUUGUCUUCAACAGUAGCAUUAUAUUACCAUAUGAUGACCGAGCAUAACAUUGUACUUCAGAGAUGAUUUUAAAAUGUGUAUAGUAUUGGCUAGAAAAUUUACGAUUUUUAGGUCAGUGCUUUUGUAUAUAUAGCCAAUGUGUAUAUAUAUCAGUGAUGUAGUACAGUAUACGACCAGACUUCCAGGCUAGAAAUUGGAAUUAAAUUUGACUUAUUUAAACAGAGGAGACAAAGUUUUAUGAGACUAUUUAAAAGUUUGACCAGGGUCUAAUUCUAAUCAAGUAUUGAAAUUAAAAAACAAUUCGCUAUUUAUAAAGUUAGGCUUUCGCAUUGUUAUGCCACCGCUAUGAGAUGGUCGUGGGUGACCAUGUGUCAUGAAUCAAUUGAUCUGGUACAUUAUUUGUUUUUUAAAAUACAUUUGAACUAAAAAUGUAGGGCCGGCCUUAAGCCACUGCAACCUAUGCGGCCGCAGUGAGCCCUGCACUUUUAUAGGCCCCGCGCUAAUUCUAGGUGUAAAUUAUUAAACCAUUAUAACUUAUAACAGGGUUCCAGUGGCCUCCUGAUUUUCCAGGAGCUCAUCCAAAUCUCCUGAAAUUAUUUAAAUCUACUGAAAACUCAUAAAAAAAAUAUCCUGAAAAAUAGAGAAUGUUGUCAUUUUGAUUUAAAAAACGGCAUUGUAAUGCAAAGACUAAUUUAUUUUCUAAUACAAAUGUUAAUUUUCACUUAUUAACCUUAUCCCUACACAGACUGGGCCCCGCUCCAUCCAUUUCGCAUAGGGCCUCGUAAUUGUUUGGGCCGGCCCUGUAAAUAUGAAUAAAUGAACAUGGUCUUCGAGGCACUUUCAAACGUUUGAAAACAUUGCCGACUGCCCAGGUUAUGGGUCAGGAAUUAAAUUUCUUCCUCCAGAUUGUGGAUGAAUUGACUUAUUUGCCCAGGUUGUGGAUGAGGUCGUCCGGUAUGCUAGAAACAUCUGGCAGCCAUUUUAUCACUAAGCUUUGCACUCUGCCUGUUAAGUCAAAAUGGAAUCAUACAUUAAAAUGAUUGGAUAAUUUAAAGCUGAUGUUAAAAAACUUGAACUUCGACUGUAUAAAUAAAACAAACAUUGUAUAAAUAUUUCAUUCAGAUUACAAUCAUGUCCAUGACUACAAAUACUUUUUAUUUGCUUUACUUUUGGCUCUAAAUCAAAACACGUUUUGGCUUGUCAUUUCUCUUAAUUUUUGUUUCCAAAUGAAAAAGUUAAUUUUUACUUAGCAACUUUGAUUACAAUUUUUUUUUAAAAAGUUUAUUUGUAAUAAAAACAUUCUGUUGUCUCAGUAUUGCAAAGAAUCGCAUGAGUUUUUUUUUUUUUGUUUGUUUUUUUAGUUUUAUUUGUAUUUAUACUUUUCAUGAUUUCGGAUUUAUAUAUAAACUUUAAAUAAACAUAAACAUUUUGUACUCUGGUUAUUCACUUGAAAAAUAAAUGAACUAAAAUGA